AGGAGGAGGUCGAGCGCACGACUCGGCGCGCAGUGUCCAGCCGCAGGACGUCUCGACGGAGCCGCGCUGGAGUCUCGGGCCAUUCCUUCUGCCGACAGGUGCUGACGAGACUGAGGUGUGACAGGAGCUGUGAGGGUCUGCGGCGAUUGGUCGGUGUGAUAACUGACACUUGAGGACUGUCCGCGUGGACUCGAGAAGAGCGCGUGCUCAGAUGCGAUGCCCCUGUAUGAUGUUUCCAUAGCAAGGUGUCAGCGGUGGGAUUAGUGGACACCUAAACCUGAAAACUCGGCGAUGUUUGCAUGAAGAAACGAUACACCAAGGAGCCUGAAAUUGAGAAAUUUGAGGACAGAAGAGGUUAAUUGGGGUUGGAGGGAAGGAGAGAGAAAGAGAGAGGGAGAAAGGAAACAAGGCCGGCGCUGAGAAUGUGCAGAGAAGACGAGAAGCCCCCACAUCAUCAUGCAGUGAUCUACUGAACGGCGGCCACUGAACUACAUCACUCCUUCUAAAGUCACUGGAGUGGGACAGUCAAGGGAAAGAAAGAAGGGAUGGCUUGAAAGAACUCCAGGUAGGGAAGACAGAUGGUGAUUACACCUCAUCGAGGGUGGUAGCGGUGGCAUCAGUUGGGCACGUCUCCCUAUCUGCUGUGCUGCCAGCAUGCUGAGCUCCAUGAACCACCGGGCCCGCUCUCUCCUUUCCCUCUCGCUCACCACGCUCGCCCUCACCUUCUCCAUUUUGGCCUUCACCACCAGCUACUGGUGCGAGGGCACCCACAAGGUGGUCAAACCCUUGUGUUUGUCUCCAAUCAAGAUGAAGAACUGUGCAACCAACUACAGCGAUAUGUUGACCUCAUUGGCAGCCACUGGAUUUGGGCAAAUGACACUGGAUUCUGCAGAAAAUUCCAAUAAAACGAUGAUACAGCGACUGGAGGACAUCAAGCGGCAGGGGCAACUGGCCAACGCGGUACACUACAUCUGGGAGACGGGCGAGGAUAAGUUCACCUUUCGCUACUUCCACACCGGCUUUUGGCUGUCCUGUGAAAGACACCAUGAUGGAGAAAAAUGCCGCAGCUUCAUUGAGCUGACGCCAGCCUCAGAACAAGGGGUCCUCUGGCUCUCGGUCAUUUCGGAAUUCCUCUACAUCUCGCUGCUCUCCGUUGGCUUCCUUUUGAUGUGGCUGGAGGUGCUCUGCUCCCAGAAUAAGAUGAGCCGACUAAAGAUCAACGCCUUUGCUGCCGUCUUCACCGUCCUCUCCGGCUUGCUGGGAAUGGUGGCUCACAUGAUGUACACAACCGUAUUCCAAGUGACCGUCAGCCUCGGACCCAAAGACUGGAGGCCACAGAGCUGGGACUAUGGGUGGUCAUUUGCAUUGGCCUGGCUGUCAUUCAGCUGCUGCAUGGCCGCCGCAGUCCUCACCCUGAACUCCUACACCAAGACAGCUCUAGAGCUCACACACAGGCAGAGGCUGCGGAUGGAGGAAGGCAGGAGCAGCCACGUCCCUUCUUAUGAUGACAUCGUGUUGGCCGACGUGGAAGCUGGCACCGUGGCGCUGGGCGCCGUGUCACAGUCCAUAUACUCGGUCACUGCUCUGCUGCAGCACAAGGACACGCGGAGCGACAACGGCAAAGCCGCGGCACGCCGCCCUCCCCUUGACGUCAAGCAAGCACCUCGCACAUGGGUCCCACAGGGGGAGCGGCCCAUUGUAUUUACGGAGGUACCCAGAGUGCCAGCGGUGGAAUGUGAGGACUGCGAGCUUGAAAGAGAAAAGGAGAACGCGGCCGAGAAGGAACUGCUGUGUUGAAACGUUGAGGGAGACGUGAGCCACGGCAAAGGGCGUCUAGAAAGAUCCAAAUGAGGUGGGACCGUCAGUCCGUGAAAACUCCUGGAACGGGAUUCAAGAGUGAGACGGGACGGACCGCUAGCACUGGUGUGGAACAAUUAGAGGCAGACCUUUGUUACUAUUAAAGUUCUUGUGAACAUUGGAAAUAAAAAUGGUCAAUGAACUUGGCUGGACUGGGAAUGGACAUAAAUGAGCAUGAAAGUGUUGAAACUAGUGGCAAGGAGACGGGCAUUAAAACAAGGGCUUCUCUGAGGCCUGGCUCGGCUUCUGUCUUAUUUAUAUAGUGCCCUUCACCAUCAGUUCUCAUCAGAUUGUCAGCAUCGGACCAACCAAACAGAAACACAAAUCCAGAAUGUGACGAGCGUUGAGGAUAAAUCAAGAGAGGAAAACGAGGACAGUUAGGGAGAACAUUCACCUAACGUCACAAGGGACGCAAUUGUAAUAUCACGUCACGUAAAGGGAGACAUUUAAAAGUUGGACCGGACAUGCAGAAGAAACCUGAAAAGAUAAGAUGGGUGGUCUACAUUGUGGACCAGGUCUCACGUACCUGCUAGACAAUUCUUCCUGGCAUCAGCACCAGAAGGCCAAACGCUGUUGGUCACCACUCUGCAGUGACUGUCUAGAGUGUUAGGUGAGGACGUGAUAAACGAUUGUACAGAAUGUAGAACGAUGGAUUUUCAAGAGUUUAUUCACAGUGUUCUUGGUGGUGUCUUCUGUAGCACCUUACAGACAGACCAUCAGCACACAGAUACACAGACACAAUAGAAAUGAAUGAAUGAUUUCAGACAAGAGUGGAGCAACAGCACCCUGCCGCCUCACAGCUCUACGGACCCGGGUUCAAAACACAGCCCGGCCAACCUCUGUAAUAAUUUUACACCUCCUCUCAAAGGUACGUCUCUAAAUUGGUCAGUGUUGGACUGCCAUCUUGCUGGGGCUCUGUUGCUGCCUUGCACAGUGUAAUGGAACCCCGGGGUGUUAGCAAGCCCCAAUCCCCCAAACACGAACACACACUGAGUCCCGGGUUCAAAUAAUGGAAGGUUUAUUCCACACAGUACCACAAAGUAGCACAAGCACAAAUCGCAGGUUUUCUUUCCACAAUUCCUCUCCAGAAUACUCCCUUCUUCUCACCGCAGUGAGUGUCGCUUCACCUCCUCCCAGCUCCGACUCGCCUGGAUAAGGGAGUGCGGCCCCUUUUAUUAAGACCCCGCGAGUACUUCUGGUGCCAGGGCCACUGCCUGAUGAUCAUACGGAUGUCCCACUUGUUAGCACAUUUCCCUGCAGCUCGCCCUUGUGGCACCCACAGACCCCAGCAGGGUUGUGUUGCUGGACACUUCCCAGCAUGCCCUGCUGGUUCUUUACAGGGCCACUGCCAUCUAGCGUCCAUCCAUCCACUCCAGCCAUCACUUCCGGGUCGGCUCCUUCCUCUCUCCUGGUUGGGAUGCCCAUCUGCCUGCUCGGAGCCUCCUGUCUGAGUGAAGAACCAUCCCCUUUUCUGGUCAGGAUGCCUGUCCAACCCCUGGGGCAUUUAUGACAAGAUCCACUCGAUGUGAGCCUAAACUUGAUGAAGUGGGUCAGGUAAUGGGUGGAUGGAUGGAUGGAUGAUUCCCAUUUUGUUUAAAUCACAAAACAAUACAUAUAAUGGAAAUAGCAACCACCACAAUCUCCUAGAUCCAUCAAACUAUUCAUUUACAUUCUCAAACUGUUGCUGUAUUCAUUGUUGUUUUUGUCUUUUAUUACAAUUGUAUUACUGUCACAGGUCGGGGGGGGGGGGCGGGGGGUCAGGCAUGUAAGUAUUUCAUUGUACUGAAUACACAGGACAAUAAACUCAAACUUAAUAGCCA